AUUUUUUUCCUAGAGACCACGCUGCGUAAUGGAUAUUUAUCUCCCUGCUGGCUUUUCAAUGUGCAAAGGAAUAUCAGGGCUGCCAAACACUUGCCUGGAAAGGGCCAAAAGAUUAAAGGCAUGCGUUGGUGGAUUUCUGCAGAGGCAAGACUGGAGCAUCCUAUGCUAUUCCUACAAAUACAGAAAACCAAGGCUAACAUUGGAGGAAUGUCUGAUGUGGAAACAAUCGCUUGAGAAGCUCUUAUCAAACAAACAUGGACUAUAUGCCUUCAGAGCUUUUCUGGUAUCUGAGUUUAGUGAAGAAAACAUUGCCUUCUACCUGGCCUGUGAGGAUUACAAAAGCACAAAGUCUGCAGCCAAACUGCCAUCCAAAGCAAGGAGGAUAUACAAUGAGUUUAUCGGAAGUGAAGCUUCCAGAGAGGUCAACAUAGACUAUGAGACUCGAGAUAUCACUCAAGCCAACUUGACAAGCCCCACAACAGCCUGCUUUGAUAUGGCGCAGGACCGCAUCUACAUUCUAAUGGAAAAAGACUGUUACCCACGAUUCCUCCGAUCGGCCGUCUACCGAAACCUUGUCAACCAGCUCACCGUGAAGAGCACCAAGGCGAAAACCAAAAAGGCCUUUGCAAAUAGAUCACCACAUGAUAAGGAAGAACCAAAAUGAAAAACGGCAGAUCCACAAAAAGAAGUUUAACAAAAGAUGGAAAUCAAGCUAGAAGUGUAAGGGGCCAGUCUGGAUCCUAAAAAUCGCUGCUUGAGGCAGUCCGAGUCCCAUGACAUAAAGAGGGAUGGAUGUCAUUUAUGAAGUUCAUAAUGGAAUCAGUUUAUCACUGCAUCCCCAGACCCCCUUAAAAUAGUCAAAUAGGAAACAGAAGAGCUGCUUAUGGAGAAAAUUGCAUCUAUACAUGCAUUUACACACACAGGAGAUGCAGAUGGGACUCUACUGAAGAAUGCAUGGGGCCAAAUGUACAAAGCAUACUUUCAGACAACAAUCAAUUUGUGUUGUAAAGUUUUGAAAUGGAGAAAAGUGUUUGGCUAUUUAAUACAUUAAUGUAUUUCAUUUAUUUGUCCUUUUUUAAUAGACUAUUGUGGUUGUACCAUGAUACAGUGACUGUAUCUGAUGGUAAAACCAUGAUACUGUAUAAUUACCAUAUUCAAAUAUCGGUUGUUUUUUUUUUUACUUAAUACUCCAGAGUACUUAAAAUAAUACCAUCAUGGAAAAAAAAAACAUGGUAUUGAAAUCGUAACAUGGGACUUUUAUUUUGUUUAGUGACAAUCUGCCAUUAAUGCUAUGAGCCACACUUUAUUAAAUUUUACAACUUGGUGUGCAGUUAUUUCUUUUAAGUUGUUGUUAA